CCUGCGAUAGGAAUGCGGGAGAAGCGAGUGGAUGCAAAGUUGUAUCGCGAGGAUGAAGUGCGUAACAAUUUCUUGCUGCAAGAUGUCUACGCCAGUGCAGGACCACAAUGCUCGGUCACAAUUUUCGAGGAAGGAGAGGGGGAGGAUUUCACGCGGGGACGCGUACACCUCCUACACGACGUACACCGCGGCGUAUAGCAGCCGCUUGACAGCUGUCACCUCGGCCGAGGGGGCGACAAGACACGGCGAGGCGAGGCGAGCCCCGGUGAUUCAUGCGCCGCAGGGGGGCACAAGGAUCCGGCGACCUCCUGUCAAGGAUUCCUUCGUCGCAUACCAUCCGCUCGAGGUGAUUUGAUUUGGAAGUUACGAUGGAGAGUCACCAGAGAUUCACCAAGAAAGAGGAUUUAGUGUGAUUUAAUUUUUCUCCAUCAAGAAGACCACGUUAAAUCGAUCAUCGUUCAUCGAAUAAAUAUAAACAAAAAGAUAAAUUUACAGUACGUGACUUGAAAAGAGUGCUUCGACGAGGUUUGUUUUU